GGCGGCGCCCGGUGACGCGCGGCCCGCCCGGGGCGGCGGCGGGGCCGGCGGCCGGUGCGCGGGGCGGGCCGGUCCCGGCGCGUCCCGUCCCGGUGCCGUCCCGUUGGUGUCGGCGGGGCGAUGCCGUUCCCGGGCGGGCUGUGGUGGCUGCUGUGCUGUCGACGGGGCUUCACGCUGCUGCGGCGGGACUACGGCGAGGCGGAGCGGGAGGCGGACGGCGAGGCCGAAGAGGAGGAGGAGGCGUCCUUCGAGCUCCGAGCCCAGGGAGACCAGGGAUCCCUGGAGGUGAGCCUGAGCCAGCCCACCCGUAGCAGCAGUGGCUCGGAGCGGUCCCUGCUUGUUGCGGAGGAGAUGCGCAGCCUCAUCGUGGAGAAGGGCCCAGGGCCAGUGGAGGAUGACCCUGAUGCUCUCGUGAAAGGCUGGCUGCAGCGGGAGAUGCGGGGCUGCAUGAAGACCCCCUGGAUCCGUCCUCGGAAGUACUGGUUCGUGCUGACACCCGACUCCCUGGACUACUACAGCAGCAACGAGAAGGGGGCCCGGCGGCUGGGCUCCCUGGUGCUCACCAGCCUCUGCUCCGUGCUCUGGCCAGACAAGCAGCUCUACAAGGAGACAGGCUACUGGAGCGUGACGGUGUUUGGCAGGAAGCAUUGCUACCGCCUGUACACGGAGCACCUCAACGAGGCUGUGCGCUGGGUGUGCGCCGUGCAGAAGGUCAUUGACAGCAAAGCACCUGUCCAGACGCCCACCCAGCUGCUCAUGCGUGAUGUCGAGGAGCACAGAGACAGCCCCGAGGUUCUGGAGCAGAUCUAUCGCUGCAACCCCAUCCUGCGCUACACCAGUGGCCCCCUCUACGCUCCCCUGCUGCCCUUCCCCUAUGGCAGCCUGGACCAAAGUGCCCCUGGCCCCCGCAGCUACACCACGCUGCGUGACGAGGCUGUGAAGCUCUUCAACUCGCUGCAGCAGCUGGAGUCAGAGCGGGACCCGGUGCCGCUGAUGCAGGGUGUCCUGCAGACCUGCCUGGACCUGCCGCCGCUGGUGGAUGAGAUCUACUGCCAGCUGGUGAAGCAGACUACGGAGCCGCCGGCGCCAGGUGGGCAGGGCGACCUGCACUACUGGCAGCUCCUCACCUGCAUGAGCUGCACCUUCCUGCCCUCCCCGCCUGUCCUGCGCUUCCUGCGCUUCCACCUGGACAGGACAGAGAACCGUUUUCCUGCCUCGGAGAUGGCCAAAUAUGCCUCCUUCAUCCGGGAGGCGUUGGAAAAGACGAAGGGGAGGGAGUGUGUGCCCUCUCUGGAGGAGAUCCUGGUGCUGAUGCAGCGGCAAGAGAUGAUCUGCACAGUGCACUGCCCUGGGGUGCCUGCCUGCAGUGUGGCCAUCAGUUCCCACACUACAGCUGAGGAGGUGGCCCAGGAACUUGUGUCACGCCUGGGGCUGUCCCAGAGCCCCAACCUCUUUGCGCUCUACGAGCAGUCCCGGCGACGGGAGCAGCCAGUGGGCAGUGCCACACUGCUGGCUGAUGUCCUCACCAGGUUUGAAAACCUGGCUGGAGAGGACCGGGAGCAGGACCCACCAUGCCGGCUCUGCUUCAAGCACUACGGCUUCCUGGACACGGACAACGUCCCGCGGGACAGCCUGGAGUUUGCCCUCCUCUUUGAGCAGGCACACGAGAUGGUUCUGCGGGGCUACGUGCCCACAUCAGAGGAGACGCUGCAGACACUGGCGGCCCUGCGCCUGCAGAGUCUCAACAGCGACUUCUCCACCCACGCGCCCUUCCCGCGCCUGGAGGAGCUCUUCCCCCCCCACGUGCUGCACGCCCGCCUGCCGCCCCCGCCCCACCGGCCCCCCAGCAAGUGCCGGGGGGCCCGGCUGCGCGCGGGGCUGCUGGCCGGCGGGCUCUGGGGACAGGCGCUGGCCAAGCAGCGGGCGGAGCGGGACCAGCGCCUGCGGGGCCGUCUGCGCGAGGAGGGGGCCAGCACCAUGGCUGCCAUCGUGGAGAAGUGGAAGCUGCUGCAGGGCAUGGGCCGGCCCGAGGCCAUGGCCGCCUACGUGGCCUUGGUGCGGGAGUGGCCUGGCUUUGGCUCCACACUCUUCGAUGUUGACCUGCAGGCGGUGAGGCCCUGGCUGGGUAUGGAACAGGGGCAGCCCUGGCACUGGGCAACCCUGACACCCCUCUCCCUGCAGAGCCCGGUGGGCUCUGGGCCCCAGCGCCUGUGGCUGAGCAUCGGGGCCAAGGCCGUCUCGCUCUACAAGCCGGGAGAGCCCGAGCCCUUGGACAGCUUCUGCUAUGGCCGCAUCUCCUCCUUUGGUGCCUCUGACAGCAGCACCUUCCGCCUCUCCGUGGAGGAUCGAGACCUGCUCUUUGAGACCUCCCAGGUGGAUGAGAUUGCCCAGCUCCUCCACACGUACCUCGCCUCUGCGUGUGCCCAGCGGCUGCCCCGGCCCCAGGAGCCUCCCAGCAGUCACACCACUUCGGAGCCCGCUGUGCUGCCCCAGGGGCUCUGCCCUGCAGCCGGGCCCUGGCAGCACCGGCCACCAAUGGGUUCCUCCCACAGCUAGCCCAACAGUGGGUGUGGCCAGCAGGUGCUCCGAUGGCCGGCGUGGGAGGGCCACCAAGCCUGGCAAGGAGUGGCAGGUCUGUGCUGGCCCCCAGAGAGCAGGGGGCCAGGGGGUUGUGCUCCCCCUACUGCCAUUGCCUUUCUGGCUAUUCCCUUAAUUUAUUUUGAGCGCCUGCGCGCCCCACAUCUCCCAGCACUUUCCCUGGUGGGCAGCGGGGCCGCCCCACUGCGGUCCCCAGACUGCCCCCAGGCCUGACCCCUUCCCCUAUACCCUAUACCCUGGUGCCUUUGCCUCCAGCACUUGUGUUGCCUGGCCACUCUGCUCGUGCUCUGGGGGCUUUGCCCAGAGCAGAGGGUACCAGGCAGUAGUGCUGUGCCAUCAUCUGUCUGUCCGUCCUCUGGACCCACCCCUUCUGGAAAGCUGCGGGCAGCUUUAGCCAAGCUGCCCCAGGGACCUGUGGGCUCCUCCUGCAUGAGUGGCCGGGCUCUGCGGUGGCCCUGUGGCCAGGCUUAUGUCACAGGGGUGGCUGGUGGAGUGGCAGCUGGUACGGCUGGGGCUUGGCCCCUCAGUGUUGCCUCUGUAGAGUUUGUUGGUUCUGUCUUAGGAUGGGGGGGUUGAUUGUUUUUCUAAAUAAAUGCACAAAGGAAAGGCUGGGCCUCCUGUCCUGGAGCGUGGGUUGACAGCGGGAGGCUGGGACAGUCAGAUCCCUGGGGCAGCCAGGGCAGCAGGGCCUGGGACAGGCAGAGGGGAGGAGCGGCACAGCAUGUCCUUGGGGGCAGGGACUGCUGUCCCUCUGGUCAUUGCCAGGCGACCUUUGGCAUUUC